AUGUCGAUAGAUACCUUUGCUUCGAACCUCGGGCGCAAGGUGUCGCCCUCUGCGACCCCCCUGGCGGUGGCCAAAGGCCACAAAUCCGUCAAGAGUCUGGCGACCUUUUUCGAGGAGGGUGCUGCUCCUGCUGCCACCACCGUUCCCUCCUCCUCCUCCUCCAACCCCUCCAACCUCCCCGUCGCCACCAGCUUGUCUGUCUUCGCUCCCUCCCUCUCCUCCAAACCAAAGCUGCUCCGGGACCCCCAUGAGCCCGACGACAACGACCUCACCCUGCUUGAUUACAAGCAGUUCAUGGCGAACCUUCCGCUGGGUCGUUGCCUCGACGACCUGGAGUCGCCCACCAGGGCGGCGGCUAGCAGCAGCCGCCAACUCCACCCCGAGGCCCCCAAUUCCCAGCACGCCCAAGAGGCCAAAAACGUUUUGGAAACCCUGGACAGACUCUUCCCGCCUCUCCCUCCCCGCGACGACUCGCCGGUCCCAGCAAGCGACCCCGACCCGUCGUCCGCCGCCGGCCAGCAGCUUGCUCCUGAGCCUGAGCGCACCCAAGAACGGGCGAAAGCCUAUCGGGAUGCCACCAGACGAGUGCUGAGCAUCGACUGGGACGAAAUCGAAGAGGAUGAUAUUUUCCGUCCCCCCAGCUUUGUUCUCCCCCCGCCGCCGCCUUCUCCCCGCCCGGCUUUCUCCCCGUCGUCGCCGCGUCUUCAGCCGGUCACUGAAGAGCAAGAGGACGAGUCCAAUGAGUCUCAUAACUCGUACCAGCAGGACAAGCAAGACCAGCAACGGCGGUCUCGAGAGUACCAGCCAAAAGAGCGGUACCAUCAAGCUGAGGAGCAGCAGCACCAGUACGAAAAGCACCAGCCGGCCAAAGAGCAGCAAAAGUACCAGCCAAACGAGCGGCACCAGCCAGAGCAGCCCUCCCAAACGCCUCUCCCCCCCUCCCCCAUCGGCAAGCUAGCUCUGCUGUCCCUGGCGGACUCUCCUGCAACCCCCCCUCCUUCACCCCAUCGUCCUCCCCCGAUGCCGACUCGCACUCCUCCGCCACCACCACCACCACCGAGUUACCCCCCUCCUCCUAUCCCUUCCAUCACCCCUCCCGUUUUUCUCUCCUCUUUUCCCGCUCCCCCUCCCGCUCCCCACCAACAGGAGCGCUGCCCCCCUCUAGGAGCAGCAACCCGGCAUCAUGAACGAAAGAGGGAGGAGUUUAUGAAGAAGUAUACAGGGUAUAUGAAUAGUCGGUACAGUCCUGAGUCGGGGAAUUAUACGGGGCCGGAGGUGCGGAAGGUUCUGGGUCCCGAAAAUGAGGAGAAGAAGGAAAAGAAGCUCGAUGAGGGCAAGGGGAAGGCCUCCGACAUGUUCGGAUAG